GUUUGAUUACACACUAAACCUUUAUGGCAUUUGAUGAUUAGAGUUGCCAGACCCUUGAAUCGCUUCUUCCCACCUUUGCUUCUCCACCCUCACUGAGUUAAAGGGCGGAAGCACCAUGAGGCACUGUGGAUAUGGGCAGGUUACCGGCUUCAGAUGAAGCAUGCAAGUAUUCUUGAUGGGGUCGCUGCAGUGAGGCAGGGGCCUUGGGAGCUUGCGUGGCAGCACAGAGAAGGUGCUCACCUGUGCUCACCCUGUCGUUGGUCCCAGGUGACUGUGGAGGAGGUCAUGACUACAACUGCGUACCUGGACCUUUUCCUGCGCAGCAUCUCUGAGCCAGCACUACUUGAGAUCUUCCUCCGUUUCAUCCUGCUGCACCAGCAUGAGACUGUCCACAUCCUGGACACUCUCACCAGCCGGAUCAACACCCCGUUCCGGCUGUGUGUGGUGUCCCUGGCGUUAUUCAGAACUCUUAUAGGUCUACACUGCGAGGAUGUGAUGUUGCAACUAGUUUUAAGGUAUCUGAUCCCCUGCAAUCACAUGAUGCUGAGUCAAAGAUGGGCUGUGAAGGAGAGAGAUUGUUACUCAGUGUCUGCAGCCAAGCUGCUCGCCUUGACCCCUGUCUGCUGUGCCAGCGGGAUCACCCUGACGCUUGGGAACCAGGAGAGGGAUUAUAUCCUCUGGUCAAAGUGUGCACAUGAUGGCUCAGGGCCUGCAGAGCCGCUGUCUGGGGCGCCCUCCCCGGCAGCCUGCAUUGUGGAGUACGGGAAGGCCCUGGACAUCAGCUACCUGCAGUACCUCUGGGAGGCCCACACCAGCAUCCUUCACUGCAUGAGGGACUGCCGUGUCUGGUCGGCCCUCUAUGAUGGGGACUCGCCUGACCCCGAGACUUUCCUGCAAAGUCUGACCGAGGAGAGUAUGUCCAGAAUCCCACAGCAAUGCCCCAGGACGACAGGGCAUCAGCCGGCUCCGGCCAAGGACAGGAGCCAGACAGAGCUGGAAUGGGAUGACAGCUAUGACACUGGGAUCUCCUCAGGGGCUGAUGUGAGCUCCCCCGGGCCUUAUGAUGACCUGGAGAAUUCUGGGCCCCCAGCACCUGUGGAUCCUCCCAAACACAUCCAGGAAAUGAAGAAGAAUGCCAUCCUUCUCUUCAAAGGGUCGUACAUUGAAGAGUCAGACUUCCAGGACGAUGUGAUAGUGUAUAGGCUGUGUGCUGACAAGGACUCAGAGGACACCAGGAACUUCCAGGAGGAAACUGUAGAGCCCCCAGCUCAGGCCCAGCCUGAGGUUCAGAGUCCUCCCAUGAACAAUGGCCCUCUCCCUAGACCCCAGCCGGAGACAGAUUUGGAGGAGGAGCCCAAGCAGGACAGUUCAGACUUGUUUCCGAAGGUGUCCAAGGAAACAAAGCAAGAGGAUGAGCCUGAAGUGGCCCCAGAAGCCAACUCCCAGGUGGCAGCACCCAGCUCUGAGGUAGAGCCCAGCUCUACCAUACCUGUUGUCACCCCAGAGAGCGAAGAUUUCAUUGCCCAGUGUGACCAAAUCAUUCAGGAGCUGGGUGCAGGCACUGAGGGUUUGAUGGAGCAGAACGUCCCCACGCCUGAUCCUGUGCUGCUCUCAAGGGAGGAAGAAGUGAGGGAAGAAGGAAGCAAAGGAGAAAAGGAGGAGGGGGAGAGGGCCUUCGAAGAGGAGGAUGAUGACCUUGACUCUUUCAUGGAGGGAACUCCUGCUGUGGAGACUGUGCCUUCCCCGUUUGGGGUGAGAGAGGACACAUCCAUUGCCAGUCAGCAUCCUGUGAAGACUCAAAGCGUGCCAUUCACAGGUGACAACCUUAAAUUGCUUUGUGAUUUGAAAGUACUGUGUAUAUUAUAG